AUGGGCCAUCCCAUGGCCGAGAAUCUACACCAAUAUCUCAUGAAUACCAGUGAGCCUCCAUUGAUAUACAACAAUCGGACAAUGAGCGUAGGGGGGACACUUAAGUCCCGAGGAGCAAUACCUGCCACUGAGUUUAUUGACUUGGUGAAACGAUGUGACAUCUUGUUUACUAUGAUAUUCGUGGACUGCUCGACGGUAUAUCCGGAUACUACUGAGAAACUGUCUUCCCAUCUCGCAAAACAAGAAGCCGUUCUGCUUUCCGCACCUGUCUUUGGUGGGCCCGCCGUAGCAUCGACAGGGAAUCUGAAUGCGUCCAGCGCAUCAUUACUGAAGAUAGGAGGCAAUAUCAUCACUCUUUCAUUGAUGGAGGCGGUUGGGGAAGCUCAAGUCUUUGCAGAAAAGACCAGACUCAGCACCGCAGCCAUGGGGGAAUUGAUCACCGAAUCAUUCGGGGCUAUUGCAGGAGGGUAUUCUAAACGGCUGACCUCUGGAAUCUAUGCGCCGCCACUGGACACUCGGCCAGAAUUUGGCGUUUCGCUGGCUAUUAAAGAUUCUAAACAUGCACUUUCUAUGGCUGAGGAGUACAAGUUCAAAUUACCUGGGCUGGAGUUAGCCAGCAAGCAUAUGAAUGCAGCGAGAGUAUACGGCGGGGAGUGUCAGGAUGCCAGCGCCAUAUAUGGCAUUCUGCGACAGCAUGCAGGCUUGAGCUUUUGGAACGAAAAUAGUCGUCAGGACGGGAAAUAG